CAGAACACCAACACAGAAAGAAGCAUUGUAUUUCACCAAGAUGGCUAUGAAAUGGACAUCAACCCUUCUGCUGCUUCAGCUGACUUGUUGCUUUAGCUUUGGGAGCUCUGGGAAGGUGCUGGUGUGGCCGACAGAAUACAGCCAUUGGAUUAAUAUGAAGAUAAUCCUGAAUGAACUUACCCAGAGGGGUCAUGAGGUGACGGUUCUGACAUCUUCAGCUUCCAUUCUUGUCAAUCCCAACGAAAAAUCCACUAUUAAAUUUGAAGUUUAUCCUACAGCUACAACUAAAGAUAACUUUGAGAUUCUUUUCAUGCAAAUGAUAAACAAAUGGAUAUAUGACAUUCCAAGAGAUACAUUCUUCGAAUAUUUUAAACAGGCGCAAGAAGUCCUUUGGGCUUAUUUUGGCCAUAUUCAAAAGUUAUGUAAAGAAGUAGUUUUGAAUACUAAGCUUAUGACAAAACUACAGGAAUCAAGAUAUGAUGUCAUUCUUGCAGAUCCUAUUGGUCCCUGUGGGGAGCUGCUGGCUGAGCUUCUUAAAAUACCCUUUGUGUACAGUCUCCGCUUCUCUUUUGGCAGCACAUGGGAAAAGUACAGUGGAGCUGUUCCGUUCCCUCCUUCCUAUGUACCUGUUGUAAUGUCAGAAUUAACUGAUCAAAUGACAUUUAUGGAGAGGGUCAAAAAUAUGAUAUAUGUGCUUUAUUUUGACUUUUGGUUCCAAUCACUUGAUGAGAAGAAUUGGGAUCAGUUUUACAGUGAAAUACUAGGAAGACCCACUACAUUAUCAGAGAUCAUGGGGAAAGCUGACAUAUGGCUUAUUCGAACCUACUGGGAUCUUGAAUUUCCUCGCCCACUCUUACCCAAUUUUGAUUUUGUUGGAGGACUCCACUGCAAACCUGCCAAACCCCUGCCUAAGGUAAAUAUAUUUCCGUUUGUUUUAUUUGGAUUACUUUGUAUUCUCAAUGAUAUGACUCUGCAUUCUCCAUUCAGCAGGCACCUCACAAUAGCCCCAUUGAGGAACCUAGGAAUUGACAUCCUAGCUGCCUCACAGAAUGAACACAGAAAUACCAAGGGCGGGGUCCUUCUGCUGCACAUUUCUUAUGGUGCCGUCUGCCUUUCCACGGGAAGCCGGGAGGGCAGGGACCUAGCCCUGCUGAUCUUGCCCUAA